CUCGCGACUGCCGUCAGAGAUGGACGGAUUCGCGCGCGCGGUCGUUCUCGUACUCGCAAUCGCGCUCGUAACAGUGCGCGCUCACAUGACGCUUCCCUCACAUGAUAACAUCCUCCGUAUACAACUUUGGGACGCGGAGGGACUCAUCAGGGAACCGAUAGUAACCGAUGCGCCCAAAACUGUAAGACAUAAGACAAAAGUUGACCUGUCAACUUUGUACGAUGCUAUGAUGGGUGAUGAGUAUGAGCACGGUGUUGGACGAUACGCGAGGCAUAAAGUUAGGCACAAGAGACGCAGACCGCGUCAGAGCGGAACAGAUCUGCCUUGGAGAUUCCAUUCUGGUUCCAAGUUGAUGAAUGUAGCGGUGUACGAUGAUGAUGUUCCAUGGGACGUGAUUGAAGGCAGCAGAGCCGGUAGCGUGAAUGCGAGUGCAGUGAGUGAUCCCAGUGCAAGUUAUCAAGUGAAUGAGCAUCGUGAUGUGUCACCGCCGAUGAGACUCCGCCAGGACGAGGACGAAGAAGUAAAAAAGGAGUUGCCCGUUGUACCGAAAUGCUGUGCGAGCGGACAGAAUUUAAGCGUAACUAUCGAAAACGGCAAAGUGAAAACUGUCUGCGCUCGAUCCAGCCUCACCUUCCAACCCAUCUUUCACAAAGCCAACGAAACUCACAUAUGGAGUUACGACAGCAAUGUUUUCGAAACAAUUGUGGGUAAUCCGUGUGCUUACGACAGGUACAAGCUGGAGCCUGACAAAGUCAGCGAAGAUGAGUUUUAUCUUCUAUUCAAUGGCUCUCUAUUCAUGCCAUUUAGUCAACCUCCAUUAUUGGGAACAAGGAAUUUUUGUAUGGAGACAUUUUGGAACGAGUCCAAUCCGGCCGGAGUGACACUGCCGUUACUUUGCUUCCAAGCGCCCAUAGAGGAAGCGGGCACAUCACCAACGCUUAUAGCUUACGCAAUCGGUUUGAUAAUAUCCGUACCUUUUUUACUGGCGACUACCUGUGUGUACUUAUUCAUUACUGAAUUAAGAGACACACAUGGGAAGGCUCUAGCCUGCCACUCGACUAGUUUGGCCGUGGCAUUUUCUUGUUUAGCCGCAACACAGCUCGCUGGUCAUGCAUUUCCCAAUACAGCUUGUACAAUUAUGGCGUACCUUAUUCAGUUCUCAUUUGUGUCCUGUUUUUUCUGGUUGAAUGUUAUGUGCUUUGAUACUUAUUUAAAUGUACGGAGAUACAUAAACGCUUCAGUAAGUAGACGGAGUAUGAGAAGACGAUUUGCGUGGUACUGCGCGUACGCAGUAUUACUGCCAGUGUUAUUGCUUAUCGUUACAAUAACUAUGGACCUAUCGCCUGCAGUACCUAGCACGUAUCUAAAACCUAACUUCGGCGUUAAAGGCUGCUGGUUUAAAACGGACCAAGCGGCAUUGCCGUAUUUCUAUGGACCAGUGGCUGUUAUACUUCUGAGCAACCUAAUUAUAUUUUUCCUCACUUCGCGCGCCUUCGCUAGGCAUUACAACAAACUUCAAGAUGUUUCACCUUUAGAUCUGACCCACUCCGACUUCAGUACAUCGGACGACUGGGUGCGCCUGGGCACGGUACUGGGGCAGCCCGUGCCAGCUGCUGAGCGGUCGCCGACGCACGACCACGUGAAUUUUAACCAGCGCCUCAAGAAAUAUAAGAAGAUUUUCCGCACCUGCUGUCUGCUAUCAGUCAUCAUGGGGCUCUCUUGGGUGCUGGAGGUAGUGUCCUGGGCGGCGGGUGCAGGUAGCUCCGCGGUAUCCGUAUGGUCGGUGUUCGACCUGAUCAACGCACUGCAGGGUGUCGUCAUAUUCGCCAUAUAUGUGCUGCAGCAGCCCGUCCGGACUUUUGUUAAGUUUUCCAAACUCUGCAGCAUGUGCAGGAGGAAAAAAGACGAAUCAGAAUUGUCCGUAGUGAGUGACAGGAACAGUAUGUGUGGUACGGGCCGGAGGGACUUCGUGUAGACUAGUGCGAUCUGUGAAGUGUGAUAAUACGCCUAAAUUGUAUAGGUUAUUCUAGGGUAUUAAGUGUACUAGAGACUGAUUUUAAUACAGUAUUACGCUAUCGUCUGGCUAUACGGUGAUAAACAGUGGGAAUGGAGAAAAGUUCCUUGUUUAAAUGUUUCAGUGAAUUGUGUGUUUCGUUUUUACUAUGAAGUAGAUGAAGCAUAAAAUAAAUAAAUAUUUAGCUCUGAAAGUGUAUACACUUUUCUAUAAUUAUAAGUUAUUUAGUAUUCGUUAUAAGAAUAGUUACUGCGUCUGAAGCCCCUAUAGCAUGAGUUUUAAGAUGUUAUUGAAAUUGUCUAUAUCUUUUUCCUUUCGUUAAAUUAUAUAAUUACUAUGUUUGUACACAACUGUUAAAAUCAAUAUUUAUUACCGCAUUAUAUGUACGAAGCUCAUUAGCUUGUAUAUUAUUAGCAGUUCUCAAACGAAACUAUUAACGUCUUCAUCAUCUAUGUAUCUUAUGUUACAUAUUGUAUUAAGAGUGACUAAAGCUUCGUUUGGAUUCAGCUAAUAUUGAAAUUAGUACCUACAUUACUUCACAAGUUACCAAUAGUUUAUUUACAGCUCCUUAUAGAAAUGGUUGUAAUGUUAAGACAAAGGUGAGAGAAUAUUUUUGUAUCUAAGUAAAACAUGACCAAGUAACAAAGGUUAUACGUAGUUACUACGCUUAUUUUAGUGAAUAAUCACUUUUUGAAUAAAAUGUAAAUUAAAUGUAUUAAUACAACAUACAACAAAUGGACGUAAGUAAGUUUUACUCCUGUAUAGUCUAAUUUCAGUAAUAAUUCAUCAUUAUUCGCUUAAUUUACUCUCAAAUAGAGCUAAAUUUCAGUGCCAUAUUAAAUAUUUGUAGUAAUUUUGUACUUGUGUAUUUUAAAACUGUUACUCUUUGAAGUCCAAUUUAUAUUUGCAAUAUUGUGAAAAAUUGUGAUACAUUAAUUUAUUUCUCGGAUUCACAUAAAAAUGUUAUGAUUAAAAACAGCUUGUCUAUUAAUUCAACUCAACUUUAAAUUAUAAUUCGUGAUGCUGACAUUCCCAUUAUGAAAAUUGAAAACUAGUCAUAAUAUUGUAAUAUAUUAAUAUGUAUAUUUUAAAUUUAGUUUUUAGUUUAAUCGUAACAAAUUUUUUUAUUCAUAAGAGAUAAUAACGUAGUCCUUUUUUGUUAUAUUUAUUUCACCGCCAGUAAAUUAUUACUUUCUCAAAAUUAUCAAUAUUACUAGUCACAUUUUUAAAGAUGGUUAAUUUAUACGUGAUUAUAUAUUACGCUCUUAACAUUUUUAACCAACGUUCCUAAAACGAAGGAGGUUCUAAAUUUGACGAUUUUUUUUUUUUGAUUUAGGUAGUCGAUAUCUCCGUUGGAUUUCAAACGAAUUCCGCGAUCCCGGUUUGCAUCUAAUAGGACGUUGUCGUAAUUUGGUCCCAGUUUAGAAUUUGGAGUGGUCCCUCCCUUCCCAGGGAACUACGGUGACCUUUUAUGAAGAAAAUAAUUAAUUAUUAUGAUUAUUUUCAUAAAUUCAAUUUUUUUACAUCAAAAAUUCUGUAAAUAUUAUAUGUACUAAAUGGCAAGAUGAGAUUUGAUUUUGUUUUAUUGCUAUAUUUUUUCAGACCAUUCUGUAAAUAUUAAAUAAGCUCUGCGGGUAAAAUACUUUUCAACAACAUGAAAUUUAUAUAAAACACAAUUUAUUUAAGUUAUAUAUUAAAAGGAAUACGAAGACUUGUAUUAUGUUGAAUCUAGAUACAAGCGAUAACGCUAGAUGUAACAUCUAAUUCAAUGUUUUUAAUCAAGCAGCUUGUAUGAUAAAAAAUUACAAGUUAAAUUUGCAGUAGUAGCGGUAUUUAAAUAUCGUAAAACUUGAUUUUGCUCGUUUAAUUAUUUAAUUCGUAUUUAUUAAAUCAAAGCAUUGUUAGAUUUGCAUCGUAUUGUUUGUGUUUGUUCUGAACAACAAAAUUGCAGAAUAUGCAAUACGUUCUGUUAAUCCGCUUGUAAAUAUAUUU